GUGAGAAAACGUGCCCGGCGGUGCAGGCUCCGGGCUGCCAAAAUCACAGGAAAUUAGAGCUGGACCUCUCCAGGCUGCCCGAAGCUCUCAGGAACGUGAGUCACUGACUGCCGCCGUUCCCUGGAGUAGACUAUCCCACCAGCAAAUCAAACUCUGCUUCUUGCAAACCACAGAGACCCCCUCCUCUCCCCAAGGUUCCCCAUGCGAGUCUAAAGAGGCUGCUUCUACAGACAAGUGCUGAAGCCUUUCCUGGACAGACAGACUGCCCUCAAACCUUGUACCAGCAUCAAGAAAGCCUAGCAGCGAAGCCAGGAUGCUCUCAGAAGCCGUCUCAUUGCUGCUGCUUGUAGCUGGAAUCCGCUCAGUGUCUGGAGGAGGAGCAGCAGGCUACGCUCAAGUGAAAUACAUGCAACCCAUGGUGAAAGGGCCUGUGGGACCCCCGUUCCGGGAAGGCAAGGGACAAUAUCUAGACAUGCUGCCAGCCCUGCCCAUGGAUCUCAAAGGGGAGCCCGGACCACCAGGGAAGCCAGGCCCACGAGGCCCUCCAGGACCACCAGGAUACCCAGGAAAACCAGGCACCGGGAAACCAGGAAUGCACGGCCAGCCAGGCCCUGCAGGGCCCCCUGGGUUUUCUGGUAUUGGGAAACCAGGCAUCCCAGGGCUCCCAGGAAAGGCGGGUAUGAAAGGGAUGCCUGGCUUGAAAGGUGAACCUGGCAUGCGGGGAGAGCAAGGGCCACGGGGGCUGCCAGGGCCACCGGGUCUGCCUGGACCAGCAGGCAUCUCAGUCAAUGGUAAACCAGGCCUACAAGGGGCUCCAGGGCAACCUGGCUUUAGGGGUGAACCGGGACCGAAAGGGGAGCCGGGCCUUCGUGGGGAGCGUGGCAUGAAAGGUGAAAAUGGAGUUGGGAAGCCAGGGUUGCCAGGGCCCAGGGGGAACGGCGGGCCACCUGGUCCUGCUGGCCCACCAGGGUCUGUGGGCAAUGGAAAACCAGGACUUGAUGGCUUGCCAGGUGCUCCUGGGGAAAAGGGUGACAUGGGCCCACAUGGUCCACCUGGGAUCAAUGGGGAACCGGGGCUAAUUGGGCCACGGGGCCUGCCAGGUGUGGACGGAAUAGGCAUCCCAGGGGUUGCUGGCAUACCAGGGCUGCAAGGCCCCUUGGGGCCAAAGGGAGAACCCGGCAUCCGUGGCCUCCCUGGUUUACCAGGGGCUACAGGCUACGGGAAACCGGGGCUGCCCGGCUUAAAAGGAGACCGCGGGCAGCCGGGGGUCCCAGGUGUGAUUGGUGACAAAGGGGAGCCAGGCAUAGAUGGGGAGCCAGGAGACCAGGGGCCACCAGGCAUCAUAGGACCCCCAGGGCCCCCGGGGUCCAUGGGCUUGCCAGGUAAACAUGGGCUCAUGGGCCCUAAAGGUGACGCCGGGCCCCCGGGGGCCCCAGGCAUGCCAGGGAUACGUGGAGACCAAGGGCCAAAUGGUUUUGCAGGGAAACCAGGGAUACCAGGAGAGAGAGGCUUGCCGGGUUCACAUGGGCCACCGGGCCCAAUGGGCCCAAAAGGGGAACCAGGGUUCAUAGGGCUCCCUGGGGUACCUGGGUUAACAGGGGGGCCUGGCCCUAAGGGGGAGGGUGGGAUUCCAGGGCAGCCGGGCCUGAGGGGCCCAUCUGGUAUUCCAGGUCUACAGGGCCCUGCGGGGCCGAUGGGGCCUCAGGGUUUACCAGGGCUGAAAGGGGAACCAGGUCACCCAGGCCCUCCGGGAGAGGGGAAAGUGGGUGGGCCGGGUAUCGCAGGGCCCGUUGGCCCACCUGGAAUGCCAGGGAACCCCGGAUUACAUGGGCCUCCUGGGCCUCCCGGGCCCCCUGGCCCCCCCGGGGCACCAGGGGUGUUUGACGAGACAGGCAUUGCUGGGCUCCAUUUGCCAGACGGUGGCGUGGAAGGGGCUGUGCUGGGGAACGGCAAGCCAGGGAAGCCGCAGUAUGGCCGAGGAGAGCUCUCUGCCCGAAUAGCACCAGCAUUCACGGCCAUCCUGACCUCGCCAUUCCCGGCAUCCGGCAUGCCGGUCAAAUUUGACAGGACUUUGUAUAACGGGCACAACGGCUACAAUGCAGCUACUGGGAUAUUUACCUGUCCCAUCUCUGGCAUCUAUUACUUUGCCUACCACGUGCAUGUCAAAGGGACUAACGUCUGGGUGGCGCUGUACAAGAACAACGUACCUGCCACAUACACCUACGAUGAGUACAAAAAAGGCUACCUGGACCAAGCCUCGGGCAGCGCUGUGCUUGAACUCAAAGAGAACGACCAAGUCUGGGUGCAAAUGCCUUCGGACCAAGCCAACGGGUUGUACUCCACAGAAUACAUCCACUCCUCCUUCUCUGGGUUCCUGCUUUGCCCCACAUAACGGCUAUUGGGUGCAUUUCUUUUAUACCCACUUUAGCCAUAAACUGUCUUAAUUUUUUUAUUAAAAAAAAAGAAAAACAAAAUAAAAUAAAAUUAAUGCAAAAAAGAAAAAUCACUGGGAAGAACGUGCCCAUCGUUGGCACGGGACCUUGCUUCACGCUGUUUGAUCAAUGAGUCAAGAGGAUAAUCAGAAAGAUGUUUUCUUGCUUUUUUUCUGUUUUUUGGGGGAGGGUAAUGGCAAAGUGGAAUAAACUUUACCCUAGCGACUGCACAUCAAACUAGCAUGGGAUGGCAAGGACCUAGGCAUGCAACGCGAUUGUUCUGUAAUCCAGAGUAGGUAAACUGAAGGAACUAGAGCCUUUUUUUUUGGUUUAUAACCUUUUCCCAUUUUGAGUUAAAUAAAGACAGCGAUUUUAAUUGUUAGUGUACACUUUAGCCAGCAAAAAGGUCCUAUGCACUCAACCCAAAUCUAUGUAGAAGCAGUGCCACGAUGGAUUGAAAUAUCUUCCUCCUAAUGCACCACUGGCCCAAGUUUCAGUCUUAUUCAUACUUUUCUUUUUUAUUUUUAAGAUUGUGCUUUGAGGCAGUCUCUCUGAUUUAAUCAGGAGUCAGCGCGGGUUGAUUUUUAGUCAUCAAAUGUGUAACACAUUGCAUAAGCACCUUUAUAUAAUAAGUAAAUAAUUAUUAUUUAAAAAAAACCCUGUCUUUAGGAAUAAUACCACCAUGUCAAUGGUGUCUGGAAAAAGGACAAACAAUUCCACACCCAUUCAGGGAAUUUAGGACCCCUGUGAUGAUCUAAUGUUCCUCCAUCUUGUGUUAAUUUAUCAUGGGCAGGUCAAAGGGCUGGUUCUAUCCUGUAUAUUUCUUUUUAGCCCAAAGACUUGCUUGGUGUUGUGAACACAUUAUUAUCUGACAAUCCAAAGAUGGCACUGCAAGCAUGGCUUACAAUGCUUCUAGUCUGAGUUAAUGGAAAGCUUCACGAUGCUUUCUUGAAUGUGCCAUUUAUGGACAACUUGUUCUUAAUGUCUCUGUUUCAGGAAACAAAUGUUCAUGUUGGUAUUUUUUUCUCUUCUCUGAGGACCUUUUAAUUAAAAAAAGAGUGUUCACUCUGUCUUUCCAUUCAAUCAUUUUACAAUGGUGCUAUUACCUACUUAUGAUGUUAUUUACAAGUAUAGUGCAAUAUGUAUCUUUAAAGGUGCAGCAUUCUGCAUGCCAACUUCUGUGAUUUAGUGCGGGGGGGGGGGGAAUAAUUUCCUGUUUGUCCUGUUGUUACCGCUUUGUCUCGAUAAUGCUUGAAAUGUCACCAGUCUGAAUAUGGGAUAUAAGGCUUUGGAAAUGGUGUGCACAGGUACUGACCACUUGGCGACUCUGCCCUUCGUUUAGGGGAACAAUUGAGCCCUCUUGCUCUGUGGCUUGCCUGAAGAUACACUAGAAAUGAGCCCAUGCAAUUAGGCAUUUCUAAAGUGAUUCUUCCAAACCCAGGCAGACACAAUGUCACCAAAGUUAAGCCACGCAUAAUAUAUUAAAUCCCUUUCUGCAAAGACCUGUGACUAAGAGCUGAAGCUCAAUCAAUCAGCAGCUCAGCAACCAAGAUUCUCAAAUGUCCAUGAUGCCCAUUGUAAGGAAAAACAGUAAGAACAUGACUUGCUAUUGUUCUCCAGAUUUGUUGUAAAGAUAUUUAAACAUAGAUUUUCUAUCUUUUUUUUAACUUACCCACAUUUGUGUCUCUUGCCAUCCAGGGCUUCAGGUUUGUUGUUUUUUUUAAAUAAACUUCCCCAUCUGUGAAAAUAAGAAACAAAAAUAAGAAAGCUAUAGAGGAAAAGAAAAAAAAACAACAGAAUUCUAUAGUUAAAUAUUCCAGCUGCUACACUGCUGGAAAUUGGGUCUCCCUCACUUUGGUUUCAGUUUUUAUUCAGAUUUACAGCUGCAGAUUGUGAAGCAAAGGAGCUUUGUAAACAGACAAACACAGACCUGGUAAAUCCAUCAGGAGGUUCUGAUUCCUAAAGGCAGGGGAAGGUCAGAGCCCUUCAUGGACCAGAUCGUAGUUCUUUGAUUUCCCGUCAGGAAAAGGAGCCAUAAAAAACAAGGAAACAAGUAAACUUAAAAGAAAUGGAGCUCAGAUGUUUUCUUCACAUCCACGCUUGGGAAGAGGAUGCUGGAAUGGGGCUCAUCUCUCCUUUAUUUAAGUAUAUUUUCCUGUGGAGAACAGCAGUGAACUCAAGUUUAUAAGGCAUCAGACCCCUUUCGUUUCAGAGCAGUGGUGUUUCGCUGCUUUCACCGAGUCACGCUGCCAGAGGCAGAGAUGGUAACACACGUAACGCUACCUGCGGUUAGGGUAAGGGAGCUUCCAUGUACUCAAGCUUACUCUCAAGGGUGGAAGUUUAUGCCUGUUACUCAACAAAGCAAUUUAUUUAUACUGUGUUCUAACCUAUGUUCAAUCCUUUUUUGUUUCGUUUUGUUUUGUUUUGAUUCAGUCUUCUGGUUCUGGCUGGCAAAAGUAAUGACAAAAAUGCACAUUUAUAAUAACCCAACUCUGAAACAUUAACUCCGUCAAUACUGUAGACUACCGUGUUGCAAUUUCACUUUCCCUUCAUGUGCAGAGCAUAAACCAUAAUCAACCUUCUGCAGCUAUAUAACCUGUUACAUUUACACAGUAAUUGAAAGGCAAAGAUAUACACGCACAUAGAGUUAGGCUAGAAAAACGAUGCACAGAAUGAAGGGGGUGUUCCAGAAGCCAGAUAUUGUCAGGAAGGUAUUCUUUUUCGGAAGUAUUUAGUACAUGAUGAUAAUUGCCAGCAGAAGGAUUUAUUUUCUGUCGUGUGUGUGAGCGCAUGAGAUUUUGGUUUCAAUCGCCAAAAAAUAAAAAUACGGUUGGGUUGGAUGAAGUAUGUCUAUUUUUAACUAUGAAAACUGCAUUACAAUGUGCAUUUUUAUAUACAAAUUCUUACUAUUUUUUUUAAGUUUGCCUCUAGUAUCUUCAUUUCUAACCUAGUAUAUAGAGGAUUUUAGUUUUGUAAAUACUUAUUACAUGCACUGUCUGUCAGUAAAAUUGGUUUAAAAUGCACUCUUUUCGUUUGUGAGUGGAAACUGGCCUUCUUCAGAACUAAAACUACAGUACUUGAUUGUAUUGACACAACAUCAAUAAAACUUAUUGUAUAAAAGAUGGCCC